AUGUCGUGGCCAGAGGCUCAGAGUUACUGCAGAGCGAAGCACACUGACCUGGCUUUUAUAGACCGCAUGAGUGAUGCAAGCCAGCUGAUAAAUAUAGUGGAUGCUGGAUACAGUGGAUCAGUGUGGAUAGGACUGAAGAGGGGGACACAGAAACGCUGGGGGUGGUCUCAGGGAGAAGAUACACUUGCACAGUACAGUGCCUGGGAGGCAGGACAACCGAACAACCUAAACGAAUGCGCUUUUCUUGCCCAUGGAAUUUGGCGUUCUUACCAGUGCUCAUAUCCGAUUUACUUUGUGUGCUACAAUGGCACUAAUUACAUCUUGGUAGAGAUGUGGAAGAACUGGAUGGACGCUCAGAGCUACUGCAGACAGCAUUACAUAGAUCUGGCCACCAUCCACAACUCUCAGGAACAGAAUCAGCUCAGAAGUAUUGUUCCAUCGUCAGCAUGGAUUUGGAUUGGUCUGUUCCAGGACUCUUGGGAAUGGUCUGACAAAUGGAGCAACUUCUUCAGACACUGGGCAGCGGGUCAACCAUCCCAGAGUUCAGGAUCUGGUGACUGUGUUGGCAUGUCAACAACUGUUUCUGGAAAAUGGAUUCGUUCAAGCUGUGAUCUAAAGCGUCCUUUUAUCUGCCAUGGAUGGCCCAAGUCUCCUUACCGCGCAUACCAGUAUAUGAAUAAAAUUAUGACUUGGCAAGAUGCUCAGAGUUACUGCAGAGCGAGAUUCUAUGAUCUGGCCUCUGCUGACAACAUGUCUAAUGUGAACAAGCUAGUAAAUACAGUGGAUCCUGGAUACAGUGGUUCAGUAUGGAUAGGUCUCAGUGCUGGGACAGAAGAUCUCUGGGUCUGGUCUAUGGGAGAAGGUGCAAUCUCCCAGUACAGUAUGUGGUAUCCAGGAGAACCGAGUGGUGAUGGGGAGUGUGUGAGGAGUUUUAAUGGAAGCUGGUAUGAUGAGAGCUGCAGCACUGCUCUCCCAUUUGUGUGUUUCAAUGAUAGCACUGGUUUUAUUAUUAAUAAGACUGCUAUGACAUGGAGAGAUGCUCAGAGUUACUGCAGACAACAACACACUGAUCUGGCGAGUAUCAGCAGCCCAGAGCAGCAGAAUCUGAUCAGUAAUGAAUCAUCGCUCUGGAUCGGUCUGUUUCUGGACUCUUGGCAGUGGUCUGAUCAAACGAAACUCAGUUUUAGAUACUGGGCAGCAGAUCAACCAUUACAGAGUUUAGCGCCUACUAACUGUGCUGGCAUGUCAAGAACCAAUUCUGGGAGAUGGUCUCAAUACAGCUGUGAUCUAAAGCAGCCUUUUAUCUGCUAUGGAGAUGACAAGUUAAUUAGAAAACAGGUUGUACGGUUGAAAUUGUCCUGUAAUGGAAAAUGCACAUUGAAUGAUCCUUCACUACAGACUGCCUUUCUAAAUGUGAUAAGUGACAAGUUGAAGAGCAUGGGGCUGGAAAGUAACAAAAUGAGCUGGAUUCAGAGGAAAGAUGAAGAGGUGUUUCAUCUGGAGAGCAAACAUAAAGCCUAUUCAAAUGAUCAUUGUAAUAAGCAGUAA